AUGCCUCGUCUACAAACUUAUAAGGACAGACCGGUAGUAUUGCUCACAAACGAUGACGGUCCUCCAUGCGCUUCUUCGCCCAACAUCUUCUCGUUCUGCAAACUCCUACAGUCUCGCUUGGGUUGGGAUGUGAGAGUGGUGAUACCGGAUUGUCAGAAGUCAUGGGUCGGCAAAGCAUACGCGAUCAGCGAUGUCAUCUCAGCGAGCUACUUCUAUCCUCUAGAACCUGAAGGACUUACUGGCGAUAUCACCACUACGCCCAGAUCACUAAAAGAGGGUGAAACUAUGGAAUGGAUACUUCUCUCCGGUACACCAGCAACAUGUACAAAUAUAGCUUUGCAUAACCUCUAUCCUGGUGAGAUAGACUUAGUAAUAUCUGGACCCAAUCAUGGUCGAAAUUCUUCAACGGCAUUUGCUCUUUCAUCCGGAACCUUAGGUGCGGCAUUAGCAGGGGCACUUUCGAUACCUCUUCCUGGACCUUCAAACGGCGAGCCAUCACUACAUACCGAUCAUAUACCAUGUAUAGCAGUCUCAUAUGGAGUUGUCACCAGACCAGUCACUUCGAGGGUACUGGAGUUAGCUACAGACGCAGCUGUAGAUGUAUGUGAGAAGCUGUAUGAUGACUGGGGAUGGGACGAGGAUCACGAGAAGGGAAGACAUCUCGUUCAGGUUUACUCGGUGAAUAUACCGCUGGUAGAAGGUGAUUUGGAAGUGGGGAAGAGAAAGACGGCAUGGACGAAUAUGUGGAGAAACUCUUAUGGAAGGUUGUUCAAGGCUACGACGCUGACACGAGCGAAUUAUGAUCCAGGAGAUAAUUACAAUCAGAAUCGUUCAUGUCCUUCAUCAUCCAAUAAUCAACCUCAGAAUACCGAUAUCCCACCUAACGCUUCAACAACAUCCACAGCUGGACCAGGUGCCCUACCUACACCAGCACCUUCGUCACCUACAGUUAAGCAUCAUGAUGGGCAAUUGCGAUUCCAUUUCGCUCCUAACAUGAAACCCCUCUUGUUCCCUCCCGUUGAAAGCUUGCCCGUAGGAUCUGAUGCCUGGGCGUUUGCAAAGGGAUAUAUAGGCGUUACUCCCAUGCGAGCUCAAUUCGCCGGACCAAUAGAAGGUGGCUAUGGCUUUGGGAGAGAGGAGAAUGAUGGGAAGAAAGCUGGUAGCUUGUGGGAGUGA